CACCUUUAGUAACUUGGUACGAGAAUGCGAGUAACGGUGAGAUAUUCCUAAAACGUGUUGGUUCAACUUGGUAGAUCUUUUUCCCGGAACACCCCUUCUACCUUUCCUCCAUCUAGUCCCUCCACAUCCGGUCUACCUCCAUCAAAUCCUUAGCAUGCCAUACUAGCGAGUUCUCCCCUCGCGCUUACUCCGUACUCUUCCUUCCCGCAGGACCGUAACAAAGCCUCCUUCAUUCCCCACCUCCACUACUCCCCCAAACUAUUAUAACUCCAACAUAUCCCCCCUCGAUUCCAUCCUCCUCAUACAAACCAACAAACACUUCUUCUUAAGAAUCAUUUCUUCGCGCUUCAGUUUAAUAGUACUCCCGCAUCAAGCCUUGCUUUUUACUAUACCCGUUGUCUUAUUUUUAUAUCGCUUCACAUACAAACACAUUCCCAUCAUGAUGAUGCAUCCAACACCACCGCCCUCGAUAUCACACAGUGAUAUGGAUAGUUACAAAUACAGAAGAGACGCAGAAUUCAGAAACAUUGAGGCCUCAAGAGCAGAGGAUGCCGAAUAUGUCGAGCACAUCGAACAAACCAAAACACAUUUGCCAGAAGACUUAACUCAAACCGAGGAGGAAGAACAGAAACAUUGGUUCAUUGGUAGCAUUGAUCAAGGCACAACUUCUACAAGAUUCAUUAUCUUCAAUGGAGAAGGGCAACCAGUUGCUAUGCACCAGCAUGAAUUCGAAAACAUGUACCCCGAGUCCGGAUGGCAUGAACAUGAUCCUCAAGAAUUGGUCAACUCUGUGGAUGAGUGUGUAGAGAAAGCAACAGAGAAAUUCCUUGAAUUAGGAUACAAGAAGUCCGACAUCAAAGCUAUUGGAAUCACCAACCAACGUGAAACAACUAUCUGCUGGGACACAAACACUGGAGAACCAUUAUACAAUGCCGUUGUUUGGCCUGACACCCGAACCACCGCUCUUGUGCGCGAGCUCAAGGAGUCGGAAGGAGCAGAUGAGAUCCUUCAAUUGUGUGGUCUGCCACUUUCUACCUACCCUUCCAGCGUUAAGCUUAUGUGGAUGUACCGAAACGUUGAAGCUAUCAAGAACGCAUACGAUGAGGGCAGAUUGUCUUUUGGAACAGUCGACUCUUGGUUGAUCUACAAACUCAAUGGAGGAAAGGAAGGCGGUGUUCAUGUCACAGAUACCACAAAUGCUUCUAGAACUAUGUUCAUGAACCUACACACAUUACAAUACGAUGACAAGCUCCUCAACUUCUUCCAACUCGACAGAAAAAACGUUACCCUUCCAAAAAUCGUUCCUUCCUCAGACAAGGAAGCUUUCGGUAAGAUGGCCUACGGUGCUCUUGAAGGCACCAGAAUCACUGGCUGUCUCGGAGAUCAAUCAUCCGCUUUGGUCGGUCAAUGCGGCUUCAAGCCUGGUCAUGCAAAGAACACAUACGGAACUGGUUGUUUCCUUCUCUACAACGUUGGUGACAAGCCCGUAGUAUCAAAAUAUGGUCUUUUGGCUACCGUCGCAUACGAUUUUGGCAAUGGCCGAAAACCCGUUUACGCUCUUGAGGGUAGCAUUGCCGUUGCAGGUUCCGGUGUCAAGUUCUUGAUGAACAACUUGGGUUUCAUUGCACACUCAAGCAAGAUCACUGAAUUGGCAGAGACUGUUGACGACAACGGAGGUGUAGUAUUCGUUACUGCUUUCUCUGGUUUAUUCGCUCCAUACUGGAUUGAUGAUGCCAAGGGAACACUCUUCGGUAUUACUCAACACACACAACGUGGUCACAUCGCUCGUGCUACCCUUGAAGCUACCUGUUUCCAAACCAAGGCCAUCCUUGAUGCUAUGGAGAAAGAUUCCGGACACAAGUUGGAAGGACUUGCCGUCGAUGGUGGCAUGUCCAACUCUGACCUUUGCAUGCAAACACAAGCCGAUGUUCUCAACAUCCCAAUCAACAGACCAGUUAUGCGCGAAACCACAGCUCUCGGAGCCGCAAUCGCAGCGGGCUUCGCAGUUGGUAUCUGGAAGGAGUUUGAUGAGCUCAAGGAGAUCAAUCGUGACGACAGAACUAUCUUCGAACCAAAAAUCAAGCCAGCAAAGGCUGCCCGUAUGUUCAAGAAAUGGGGACAAGCAGUUGAGAUGAGCAGGGGAUGGGUCCUACAAAACGAGGAUGAGAACGAUGAUGACGUUGACUAAAUAGCCAAUUAAAUGAGGCUAGUGAAUGGGGAUGGGGUUGGGGGUGAGAUGGAGAUAAUGGAUAAUUCAACUUACGAAGCUGGUAAAUAUGGGGCGAUGAAGAUAAAAAGAUUUGUGGAUAUACCCCAGGAUGAUUGAUUGCUUGCAUAGAUGCACAGAAUGUUGGGAUUUGGGAUUUGGGAUUGGGUGUUUUGGCGCGCGGUUGGAAACCCUUCUUGGUGGUAUAAAUUUUAGGCAUCUUUUCUAGCGAUGGAUGGAUGGGUUGUUUGUAGCAUUAGCAUAUAUAUGAUGACUUGAGCUUGAAGCUUGGUCGAUUCUGGAUGGGAUAUAGGAAGAGAAAUAAUGGGGAGGUUUAACGAUUUUUACGACUAUUCAAAAUAAAAAUAAAAUAUAAAAAUUCCUAAAUAGA